AGAAUAUUUAUGUACUACAUUUAAAAGAUCCAUUUUCAUAAAGCCGAUAUUAUUAGUCAAUAAGUAAAGCGCGGGCGCAAUAUUUCAAGAUGGUGACUCGUGCCCUUGUAUGUCAUUGGUAGACAAAGUUCAGUCUGCUAGCAGGCAUCGAGGACGUGUUAUUAAAUUCUGAAAUCUAAGUUUUUAUUGUUAUUUGAUUUAACAUAAAAACAAGUUAUUUUUUGUUUUAAUUAUUAUUUAUUUUAUUAUAUUAUUAAAUAUAAUAUUUGAAAAAUGUCAAAUACUGUAACGAGCAUAAUUAUAGAAACCCGAAUAUACGAUGGACAAAAGCCGGGUACGUCUGGAUUACGAAAAGCCGUACAGGUUUUCAUGCAAGAACAUUAUACAGAAAAUUUCAUUCAAGCAAUAUUACAAGCUCUUGGAGACAAAUUAUUUGGUAGUACAUUAGUUGUGGGUGGUGAUGGGAGAUAUUAUGUGAAAGAAGCAGUAGAAAAAAUUAUCAAAAUUGCUGCAGCUAAUGGAGUAAAAAGGUUAAUAAUUGGUCAAAAUGGUAUACUUUCAACUCCAGCGGUAUCUACUAUAAUAAGAAAAUAUAAAACUUUAGGAGGAAUUGUCCUUACAGCAUCUCAUAAUCCUGGUGGACCAGAUGCUGAUUUUGGUAUUAAAUUUAACUGUGAAAAUGGUGGUCCUGCUCCAGAUUAUGUCACAAAUAAAAUCUAUGACAUUACUAAAGUGCUCAAGAAUUAUAAAACUAUAUCUGAUAUAUCCAUAGAUAUAAGCAAAAUUCAAAGUACUAUAAUACAAGUGGAUGGAAAUUCAUUUAUAGUAGAUAUAAUAGAUUCUGUUAAUGAUUAUUUAGAACAUAUGAAAAAUAUUUUUGAUUUUUCUAGUAUUAAAACAUUAUUACAAGGAAGUAAUGAUCGUCCUCCUUUUAAAGUUCUUAUUAAUGCAAUGAAUGGAGUUACUGGCCCAUAUGUAAAACGAAUAUUUAGUAAUGAAUUAGGUGUUGACAAUUCAAGCAUUAUUAAUAUAAUUCCAUUAGAAGAUUUUGGUGGACUUCAUCCUGAUCCAAAUUUGACAUAUGCUAUAGAUUUAGUAAAUACUAUGAAAAAUAAUCCAUAUGAUUUUGGUGCUGCUUUUGAUGGAGAUGGAGAUAGAAAUAUGAUAUUAGGUAAAAAAGCUUUUUUUGUUACACCUUCUGAUUCAUUAGCUGUAUUAGCUGCCAAUUUAAAUGCAAUACCAUAUUUUAAAAAGACUGGUAUUAAAGGAUAUGCUAGAUCUAUGCCAACAGGUGCUGCUGUAGAUAGAGUUGCAGCUAAAAAUGGUAUUAAAUUUUAUGAAGUACCCACAGGCUGGAAAUAUUUUGGAAACUUAAUGGAUGCUGGUCUUCUAUCACUUUGUGGAGAGGAAAGUUUUGGCACUGGUUCAGAUCAUAUUCGCGAAAAAGACGGAAUAUGGGCUUGUCUUGCAUGGCUAAGUAUAAUUGCAAAUCUUGGAAAAUCUGUAGAAGAUAUAUUAUUAAAUCAUUGGCAAACAUAUGGAAGGAACUUUUUUACAAGGUAUUUAUUAUGUUAUAUAAUUAAUUAUUAUUAUUAUGUUAUUUUUAUUUUAAUACAUUAUGUUGUAACUUUAUAUAAUAUAUAUACUAGAUACGAUUAUGAAAAUUGUGAUUCUGAAGCAGCAAAUAGAAUGAUGCAACAUAUUGAAUCAGAAAUACAAAAACCUGAAUUUAUAAAUUCAAAAUUAAUAUCUGAAAAUAAAGUAUAUAUUGUAAAAUUAAGUGACAAUUAUUCUUAUGUAGAUCCUGUUGAUGGAAGUCAAGCUAGCAAACAGGGACUAAGAAUUUUAUUUCAAGAUGGUUCUCGUAUAAUUUACCGUUUAUCUGGUACAGGAAGUUCUGGAGCUACUAUUCGUGUAUAUGUUGAUAGCUAUGAAGAUGAUCCAAAUUCUUUAAACAAAGAUGCUCAAGAAAUUCUUAAACCAUUAGUUACUAUUGCAUUAAAAAUAAGUAAUUUACGUGAAUUUACUGGUCGUGAUGCACCAACCGUGAUUACAUAAUACAUAAUUCUUAUUAUUAAUAAUUAUAUCAUCAUUAAAAAUACACUAUAUAAUAAG